AUGGCCGCUCUGCCCCUGUAUGUCCUGCGAGCCCAUGCUGGUCUCCCUCCUCUUCUAUCAUCAUUUCGUUGCCUCUUCAGGCUUCUGCCCCUGAAGUUCCCACCCUUUCCUCGUCCAAUGAUUGGCCAGAUGCCAGAGCCGCUCACUGAGCUCAGUUUCGAUGCCACUCACCUGGUGGUGGGACUUCCCUGGAUCGCUGGGAAGUCGCCGCCGCCGGGCCUUUGCACGGGCCGCACCCGCUGCGGAUUCCCCUUCCCACAGAUUCUGCGCGUUCGGCUGCUCCUGUUGUCCACGGUGCUCUCCUGGAGCCUGGGGUACCAGUCAGGGCCCUGUCCGGAGACAGAAACCCCCCGAGCUCUCACAGAGAAUCCACACGUGGAAACGGCUGUACACACGCUGGAGCAGCACUCAUUUGGAAAGGCCGCACUCCCCGGCGUUUUCUCCCGGGACCUCCUCCCACGGAUUGCUCCUCGGGUUCCCAGUGCCCAGGCCCCAGGCCCACCAGGCCGCACGCGCGAGCCGCCGUCCUCGCACUGGCCAGCAGGUGGCGCCCGGGCUCCACGGCCGGAGUCGGGUAGCGCGUCGGGCGCCGCGGGAAGUCGCCUCCGAGAGGGGCCGCUGCGCCUCGGCGGCGGCUACCCGAGGUCCCGGGGCCAACGUCGCCAGCGGUGCCCGGCAGGGGCUUGGCAGGGCCCGGGUCGCCCCACGGUCCCGCCCGCACUGCUUCCGUCCGGGGACGCUCCCCAGGGCCGUCCGAGCGGACUACGCGCGGGUCCCCGUGACUGGGGGGCGAGCGUGGGGCCGGCGUCUGCGCCCCUCCCGGAGGCGAGGCCGGGGUCGGGUUGGGACCAGCGCGCGCUUCCCUCCCCGCCGCGCAGGGGUCGGCCAGGGCCGCGGCUGGCGACAGGUGGCGGGACCUGGGGGACAGGUCCGCGGGUAGCCUGGGGCGGGGAGCCGCCCCCACGGCCCUCAGAGCGCCCUCCGGGUGUGAUGAUCAACCACACGACGGCCCCGCGCUGGCCCCGGCAGAGCCCAGUCCCCGGCGCAGCCCCGUCCCCGGCGCGGGUCCGCAGGGCGAUCCGGGCGGCCGCGGCUCCACAGCCCCCGCCCUCCUCCAGCGGCAGCGCCCGCGGGGGCCGAUCGGGGUCAGGGCGGGGAGACGCGCGGACUCCUCGGUGGCGUCGCCCGGACACCUGCUCGGCCCCAGGUGAGCCCCAGAACAGUCCCUUUCUCUGCCCUGGGGGAGCCGGGAAGAUGUGCAGCCCCAGCCCUCGUCCUCGGCGGAGCCUCGCGCGCAGAGCCUAGCGCGAUUCGCGCCCUCAUUACCACUACAAAGCGCGAGCCAGACCAAUCCCCUUUCUAAUGCACCAUUUUCGACUGAGAACAUCAAGAGGCCAGAAACUUCCAAGUCAGCUUGCAGACGCAGACGCCUCCUGGGUCCUGGCUUUAAGAACCAGAUGCCAACAUUCCCGGACAGUUUAUGGCAUCCGGAUCCCUCAAGGGUGCUCAUCUGCAGUUGAGAGUCUAAUAAACGGCAUUAACAAAGCGUUUCAACAACUACCACGGCUUAACAGUGGCUCUUCCCCUGCCCUGCCACCAUUCGGGCCGUAAUUCCUUCCAGGAUUCCCGCACCGUCCUGUGUGCCCAGAGCUCUCUAGAGCACCAGGAUUCUGUGUGAAGAAUACAGAGACAGACGUUACAUUUCAAAGAAAAAAGGGCGAUACGACGGCCCUCUUUAAGGAGAGCGUAAACAUGCACUUUAGGUAAAAGCUAAUCUUUUACACGCCUGUGCACGGCACACCUCUUUUGCUGUUCGCCUUGACCCCAAGAGUUUGGAAAGACUGCCCCCAUUUCAGAGAGGAAGAAACGCAGGCACACAUGAAUGACAGACUCCUCUGUGGUGGCCUAGACUCCAGCCAACACUUCUGGGACUACCUGCCAUCGUGCAUGGUCACCAUGUAACAAAUGCAGACAUCUCUGAGAUCACCAUGCAGUGAGGAUGUCCAAGCUGGUGGCAUGAAGAGGCCACAUGGAAAGGGCUAAAAAAGGGGCCAGCCUCAGUCAUCCCAGCUGAGCACCUGGCUGGGAGUAAAGGAGGACCCCAUGGAUAUCCAGCCCGCCCGUUGUUUCUUUCUUCUCUGGGAGCACCUGCACCCCCGGUUUGCGGCGUGUCCUGGGGCCAUCAAACUGCCAGUGAGAAGGGUGCCCAGGUAACCUGCCCACGUCAGGACGGCCAGGAGAUGGCGGAACCAGAAUCUAAGCCCACUCCCAUCUGACUUCAAUGUCUGUGCUCCUGAUGUUUGCACCGAGUCACCUCCUAAGACUUUCUGAAACUAGAUCAUAUUCAUUUAUCUCUGAGAGAAAUGCAAGCUUUAAAAAAGGAAAUAUUUACUAUGGAUAUUUUACAAUAGUUGCAAAACAUGAAAGUUUUAAAUAAAAUAUUCUUAACCACA